UUGUUGAUCUCAUUGUACUUCAGUUGCAAGUAGAUCACCGGCAGAUAACGUUGUCAAAUCAUGAACAAAAUCAUCUUUUGUGUGUUGUUUGUGAACUAUAUUAGUGAUACAAGUGCGUUAGGCAGAGGCGAUUUGGAAAAGUAUGGGCCUUUUCAUCAAGCGCUGUACUCGAAAUAUAUCAAAUGCGACCACGAUAAACACACCAAUCUAGACGUCAGCUUAGUCAAAGUCUAUUUCUACGACUUCAGCAGAAAUGAAGUCAACACAUUUCCAAUUGCCGAAGCAGCCGACGGUAUCCUCAACUACUCAGGCCUCGACAUCAUGAGACGCUUCAUCAUCUUCGUGGGCGGCUAUAAGUCCAAUAUCAACAAAAACACUGAACAACGCGUCAGAGAUACAUUCAGAGACUUCCCGAACAGCUACUUAAUCAUUCUUGAUCAUUCUCCUUAUACCAAUGAGAAGCCAGGAUACUUAAAAGGCUACGAAAGAGCAGUUCAGUAUGUGUACUAUAUAGGAAAGGCGUUAGGUGAAAUGCUAGCUGAUUUAAGAAAAGGAGGCAUAUCACCACAAAGCAUACACUGUAUAGGACAUAGCUUAGGUGGACAAAUGCUUGGUUAUACAGGCCAGACCUUCAUUGAUAUAACUGGAGAAAAAAUAUGGAGAAUAACUGCUUUAGAUCCCGCUGGACCUUGCUUUUCCAACAGCGUAAUUGAAGACCAAGUAAGAUCCGGAGUGGCUGAAUACGUCGAGGUAUACCAUUGUAACGCUGGUGGAUUAGGAUCUUCAAGCGUUUUGGCUGAUAUAGACUUCUUUGUGAACAAAAAAGGCGAGUCCCAACCGGAAUGUGGAACACCAUUGAUACCAGGUAUUUUCGACUCUUCAAAAGCAGCCAAAUGUAGUCACAAAACAUGUGUUACAUUAUGGACGGCCUCGGUGAAGCAUCGUGACUGGUUCUUAGCGUGGAAGUGCGAUUCGUAUAAAGAGUUUAAGAAGGGUGAAUGUCAACCUGAUGAUGUCACUCAGGCUGGUUUCUGGAACCCUGGUAAUGCGACUGGCAUUUAUUAUUUCUCUACGGAAGGGUAUAAUUUGAAUCUAUAAAGUUAGAUAAGCAAUAAAAUAAGGAAAUAUAUCAAUAUUUUUAACUAAGCAAUACAAAAUAUUAGUGUAGACCAAGGUAGUUAAGACUUGCUUUAUAGUAAGUUAUGAGGAAAUAUUCUUCUGAAGAAGAAUUUUGUAGAUGGAAAUUCCGGGAUAAAAACGACACGAUGAUAAUUCAAAUAAAAUAGUAGAGUGAAAAUAAAGAAUAAGAUCCACCACUAAAAGAUUAACCACGUUUGCUGCAGAGUACUACAGCACCAUAAUGUUAAAAUUUUAGAGAAUAAGAUAUUUGGAGCAGAAAUUUUAACAGUCUUUUUUUCCUGAGUGUACUAUAACCAACUAAGUAUAGUUAUAGUAACCAAAACGCUCCCUACUAUAUAGUCCAAAAAUUAACCUAAAUAUCAGGCAUGAAUAUUUUUUGAAUUUCGUACAUCUAAGGCAAAAUAUUUGUAUGUAAUGGAUGGAAUAACUCAGAAGAAACCAAUAAUGAUUGGUAUUGAUACUGAAUGAUGUAUUGUGGACCAUAGUGGAGUCAUUCUCAAAAAAAUAUGCUUGCGGUUCAAUUGAAGCGACCCAUACAAAAUGUAUGAAAAGAGCCGUUGCAAUUAGACGCAUUCGCAGACAUAUUCUCAGAGAAUGACCCAGUUGUAGUACUGGAUCUUAAAGAAAGGACUCUCACUAUUUUCCCCCUGUAAAUAGUUCUAAUUUCAAAUAUAAAUUAAACCCAAUGAUGAAGUGUUAUAAAUGUUAUAACAGUAGGUAAGUAACAGUGUAACUAAAUACAAGUUCGACAUUAAUAAUUAUUCUGUAGGUAUUGCUCCAAUAUACCGUUUCUCAGUCUACUGUAACCGUGAUUUUCGAGUAAAUAAUACAUGAUUUGUAUUCAGCCACAGUGUUGGUAAAACUAGAUUAAUCACGCUUCGUGGGGAUUCCCUGAGGCAAACAUGUUGUUACGGUAUUUGAGCUUUAUUUAUAGGGGAUGAAGGGUGUUAAUAGAUUCUUGUGACAAGCGUAAAAUAAGGGCAAAUUUGACAAGUUCAAGAGCAAUUAUAAGGUUACACGCAUGACCUUGCUUUGCUUAGAGUGUAGAAUAUGUAUAAUUUUGAAUUGUUGAUUACGUAACUUCGGCAUAUUGAAUAUUGUAUGUUUAUCUUUCAUCGAGAAUAGGUAAAUAUAGACCGAUAUUCCCAAAC